AUGGCAAAACAGACAUCUGAAGUGGCCAUUGAAGAGCUGAAGAAGCUUCUCAGAGAAAAGGAAGAGCUUAAUGCAGUGGCAGCAGAAAAAGUUGAAGAAGUCAUAGCUGAGUUGCAAAAACAUAAUGACCCUGCCUUGCAAAGAAUCAUACUCGGAUUCACUUACUUCAAGAUCAACAAUUUCGAUAGGAAUCCGGAACUGUAUGGCAAACUUGCCAAUGGUCAAAGCCCCCAGUAUCUGGUGUUUGCUUGCUCGGACUCUCGAGUGAGUCCUUCAACUAUCCUCCAUUUCCAACCUGGAGAAGCUUUCAUGGUCCGCAACAUUGCUAACAUGGUGCCUCCAUUUAAUCAGCUAAGGCACAGUGGAGUUGGCGCAGCCAUUGAGUAUGCUAUCACUGCUCUCAAGGUACCAAACAUUCUGGUCAUUGGCCACAGUCGCUGUGGUGGAAUCCAAAGGCUUAUGAGUCAUCCAGAAGACGGUUCUGCCCCCUUUGACUUCAUAGAUGAUUGGGUGAAAAUUGGUUUGCCAGCUAAACUCGCGGUUCCGAAAGAAUACGAAGGCUAUGAUUUCAAGGACCAAUGCAAAUUCUGUGAAAAGGAGUCAGUGAAUAACUCGUUAGUGAACCUGAGGACAUAUCCAUAUGUUGAAAGAGGAAUAAAGAACAAGACCAUAGGACUGUUGGGGGGUUAUUAUGAUUUUGUGAAGGGAGAAUUCAAGCUUUGGAAGCACGUGACUCAUGUCACUGAACCCAUUACUAUCCCUCUCUCAACCCAGUGAUGGAUGACUCAAACUUGGCACUUUGAAUUGGCACCACUACCACCUUAAUUACUAAGUUUCUUGCUUAAGUUGUGCUGUUGUUCCUUGUCUGUGUGUGAUUUUACGUCCUAAAUAAAUAGCAUCUGCUUUUGAUAUUUCAAAAGUAAAUGUACUUUAAGAAUAUUACUGAAUUUCAUGCAUCUCUGUACGUGUUUAAUUCAAAUGCCUAAUAAAUGAUGAUGAGAG